GGAAGGUCCCUCCCUGGGCCGCCCGUCCCGCCCCUCGCGUCACCCGUGCGCGCCACCUCCGCUCCGGCAGCGCCGCCGCUUCUCCGGCCGCGGCCCAGCGCGGGGAAGGUCCAUCUGUGUGUGUGCCCAGUGCUCCAGGGGAGAUGUCCAAUGUUUCCAGCUACGCCCUGCGCAUGGCCCGCCUCAGCGCCCAGAUAUUCGGCGACGUGGUCAGGCCCACGGACUCCAAAUCCAUGAAGGUGGUGAAGCUGUUCAGCGAGCAGCCCUUGGCCAAGAGGGACGAGGUGCACAACUGGUACCCCCCUCACAACACCUACUAUGCCCUCAUGAAGAAACUCCGCUACUUCGGCCUCUACAGGGAUGAGCAUCAGGACUUCAGGGAGGAGAUGAGGCGAUUGAAAAAGCUCCGUGGGAAGGAAAAACCAAAGAAGGGGGAAGGAAAGAGAGCUCUCAAGAAGAAAUAGUGCUGCUUGAACAGUGUAACUGACUGCUCUGGAAAUGCUGGGGAAUGGCUGGAGAAGGCUUGGCAUGUGGGCUGUGUGUGGGGCACAGGAAACACACUGUGAAAUUGUGGACUCCGCCUUGGGAAUGCACUUGGGUCUUUGAAGUUUUACUGGUUUUGAAUUUCUAUACUUCAAAUAUACUGUAUAUUGCAGCACAGUAAUAAAAGGAAAAGUGCUCCGUGUUUUUCUUGAAACCACCUGCAGCUAUUUCAGUUUUUCUUGAUCUGGAAAUUGUUUGCUUUUCAUUGUCUGUUUUACUUUCUUGUGUUAAUAUCAACACUGUUUUAUGUGUGGCCACAAAAAACCAAGGAUUCCUGCUGCU